GAUGGGAUUCGGACAUAGAACACUCACACCUAACUCAAAAGGAAGAAGAACGAGAAGAGAAACCCUACAAUGGGACAAGAUAAUCAAGUCAAGAAAGAUUCUCCAUUAUACGAGCAAAAUAGUAUCCAGUAUUCUGCUUCAAGUCAAAACGAAAACUAUAUUGACAUAGAGAAGGAGAAGAGUCUUGCGUUGAUAAACGCAUGGGAAGCGAACGAGAAGGCAAAAGCUCAAACCAACAGGGCUUACAGAGAACUUUGCGCCGUUGAAACAUGGGAGAAUAACAUGAAAACAGCUCUAGAGUUAGAUUUAAAAAAAAUGGAGGAAAAUUUAGAGGUGGAGAGAGCUGAAUAUUCAAAGAGACUCAAGAAAAAAAUACCGGAAAUUGAGAAGAUAGCAGAAGCGAAAAGAGAAAAAAUAGAGAAACAAAAGGGGCAAGAAUCUAUCAAACUGACAAAAAUGAGUGAGAAAAUAAUUGCAACUCCAGGUGCCUAUCCACCUAAACCCAAAAUAUUUGGAUGUUUCUAGACCCAUUUGUCAUCUUCUCAUGGGUCAUCAUCAUUAAGUUAACUAAUAAGGGAAAUGUAUAUAUUAUCCAACGAAUAAUAGAAAUCUAUGUGUAAGGU